AUGGAUAUUGACAAGAGCCCCCCCGCCGUACAAGAGGCCGACGAAACCAACCUCAAGCUGGACGCACAGCUCCACGGCGAUAUCGCUCAGGAACUGUUCGAAAAGUCGCUGCAAUAUGACCCUGCCGAGUUGCAGCGAGACGCCGUCAAGGUCCGCCGAAAGCUGGAUUUCAUUGUCUUGCCAAUGAUGAUGACGACAUAUAUGCUGUCCUUCCUCGAUAAGCAGACCCUCAACUAUUCCGAUGCAUACGGGCUGCAGGAGGACACGCACAUGAAGGGCAACGACUACUCCUGGGUCUCCUCGGCCUUGUACUUUGGCUGGCUGGUGGGCGCUUAUCCGUCGAAUUUGGCCAUGCAGCGCCUGCCCAUCGGCCGUUCUAUCGGGUGUAUCAUGUUCGUCUGGGGCGUGCUAUGCAUGCUUCAGGCGACCGUGACCAGCUUCUCUGGCUUUUUCGCCCUGCGUUUCUUCCUGGGCCUCGUGGAGGCCUGUAUCUCGCCCGCCUGGGUGCUACUGACCUCGAUGUUGUGGACGCGUGACGAACAGCCGCUGCGCACCUCGUGCUGGAUCGGCACCAACGGGGUCUCUAGCAUUUUGGGCGCUCUACUAUCUUGGGGUCUUGGCCACGCCAGCCAUGCCGCUCUGCCCAACUGGAAGCUCAUCUUCCUCGUUGUGGGUGCACUCACCAUCUGCUGGGCCGUCGUCAUCUUCUUCUACCUGCCGGAUGGGCCGCACAAUGCCCGGAUGCUCAGCGAGUAUGAGCGUGUCGUCGCCGUCUGGCGCAUCUCGGGCAACCGCACUGGCGUUCAGCAUUCGCGCUUCCUCUCCUAUCAGGUCCGUGAGGCCCUGCUGGACCCAAAGACCUACCUGCAUCUUCUCAUGGCCGUUUCGUAUGGGAUCCUCAACGGCAGCGUUACCAAUUUUAUGAGCGCCUUGAUCGAGGGUUUCGGCUUCUCCGACAUCCGUGCGACCCUUUUACAGAUGCCCGGCGGCGCCAUUGCCGUCUUCGGCUGUCUCACCUUUGGCUACCUGUCCACCUUCAAAAACAUGACGGGUGUGGCCAUCAUGCUGGGUAACAUUCCCGGAAUUGUCGGUCUUGCCGGCAUCAUGACCAUCAGUAUUGAACACCGCUACAAUCUCGUUGCCUGCGCGUGGAUCCAAAGCUUCCUCGGCUCUCCCGUCGUCUUGAACUGGACCCUGCCAGCGAUGAAUGUUGCCGGCCACACGAAGCGCAGCACCGUGUUGGGAUUAUAUUUCAUCUUUUACUGCGCCGGCAAUAUUGCAGGCCCGCACCUGUUCCUCGCCAACGAAGCCCCCCGGUACAUGUCGGCCAUCAAGGCACUGGAGACCUGCUAUGCGGCCUGCGUCGUGCUGCAGAUUAUCUACACCGGCACUUGCUGGAUGCAGAACCGCCACCGCGACCGCAUGGGGUACCACGCUCAAGCGGAGGACGAGGCACGCGAGGGCUUCUCCGACCUGACAGAUAUGGAGAACAAGCAUUUCCGGUACCGUUUGUAA